AUGAUGCCAACAGGCAGUGGUGUGCUGAUGAGUGACUGGUCGUUCCUGGGCAGGCUCCUGACACAAGUGCAAAACCAUUCCACCGUGGUUGGCAAGGUGUGGCUCACCGUCCUUCUGGUCUUCCGCAUUCUGCUGGUCACCCUGGUGGGAGAUGCAGUCUAUGGGGAUGAGCAGUCCAAGUUCACCUGCAAUACUCUGCAGCCUGGCUGCACAAAUGUCUGCUAUGACCGCUUCUCACCUGUCUCCCACUUCCGCUUCUGGGUUUUUCAGAUUGUGCUGGUAGCCACUCCCUCUAUCUUCUAUGUCAUCUAUGUCCUGCAUCAGAUAGCAAGGGAGGAAAGAGUAGAUAUGGAGAGGGAGUACCUGCUGGAUACAUUGCGAAAGCUAGCAUCUGGGGGAGCCCUGCAGAGACCCAAGCUGGGGCUCUUGGCGUCUUCUCACUUCCUAGAGGGACAGCUGCUGGUGGGAGAGAGGGUUCUCCCCAAAUGCCUUGGUGCUGCAGCCAGGAAUCCAGGCCUGCGGUCACAAAGAGUCUUGGCCAUCUACAUUGCCCAUGUGGUGCUGCGGGCCUUCAUGGAACUGGCUUUCCUGGUGGGGCAAUACUAUCUGUUUGGGUUUGAUGUUCCAUACUUGUUUCACUGCCACUCCUAUCCCUGUCCUACUAGUACUGACUGCUUUGUAUCCAGGGCCACAGAGAAGAUGAUUUUCCUGAACUUCAUGUUUGGGGUCGGGGUGGGCUGCUUCCUCCUGAACCUGGUGGAGUUGCACUACCUGGGCUGGGUCUUCACCUACCGGUUCCUCUUUGCAGCCUGCACCAGUUGCUGCCACUUCUGUGGGCAGCCUGCCCAUCCUCCACUGCUCUACUCUGAUGAGGACAGUACUGGGCUCCAGGUGUAUUCCUGCCUUUACCUCACUAGUUGCCACGCCUACACCGUCAAGGGCUUCCUCCCACCCUUUGCUUGUUCAUCCUUCUGGGGAGCUCUGCCCUGGCAGGCUUCAGAGCCCAACUAA